CCUAAUUCUCAUUGCUGUGGACCCUCUCUUUCAUCAUAUAAGUCACCUGUGCCUUCUGACCGAGGAUAGGAAAAUCCUGCUGUAAUUUGCCAGUUUAUUAAGCACACACAUGUCCAGUUCAAGUGGUCCUUCGAGCCGGAGUAAUUACAGCAUUUCCUAACAUGGCGACAUCCCGAUAUGAUGAAGAACAACAAGGUGCCCGGCACAGGAGACCACAUAGGGCUCCAAGAUAUCUGGAUGACUUCAUCUGGACCUAUCCCCCACAGCCGACUAACCCAGUUCCACCGAAUACUAACGCAGCUACUCCAAUACACCAAACCGCUGGCAUCGACGGCUCACCAGAGAUGGAGAGAAUAAGGAGGAUGGAGCAGUGUGUUACUCAGGUACAGGAGCAGAUGAGGGAAAUACAGAGCGCUAUACAAGUGUCUUUGAACUUUGGCCAAAGAACCCCCCAAGUACAGUUACAAACCCAGGUCCGGAGCCAUAGUAUGCCUUUACUAACUCUGGAUAAUAAUCCUACACAAGCUCCUCCUAUGGGCGGACUAGAAAACAUGCCUCCCAUAUCUCCAGUAAUACCUAGCCCUCAGUUUCAUACUGUACAGCAGACCUCCCCUUCCACAGCUCAUCAUGUUGAUAACCCUCAAAUAUUACAGUCAACAGCUCCUACUCUCCCUGUUAACCGACCUAUUCCUCAGCCCCCUCUAUACGUCCACUCUUCUAUGCCAUCAGCUGCUCAGCCAACACCAGUGGUACCCCGGUCUGCAUUUACAGCAACAGAUCAGUCACAUCCUCCCUGGCAUCAACAAAGAGACCUGAAUUGGCAGUCAUCAACCCCACAGUGGUCUGUGCCACACAGUGCUGCUCAGUUUAGUAUCCCUGGCACUAUGCAGUACCCUGUCACGCUGCCGCCUGGCAUGGCCUCUCCAGGUUAUCCGCCUUGGACUUCAGGCCCACCUCUCAGUCAGCCAUACGUUACACCAGUGCUGCCACCUGCUGUUAGCUCACAGUAUACCUAUCAGCAUCCUGCUCCAGCUGCACCGCCACCUGUCAGUUCACAGCAUGAUGUAAUUCAGAGCAGCCCACAACACUCCUCAUCUCUGCUUUCCUCUCAGAGACCGAACUUGAUGGAGAUGGCUAUUUCCUCUUCUUAUGGCAUCCCAAAACCCAACCUGAUCCGCUUCACCACAGGAAAAGAAAGUGAUUUCCUGCUACUGAAGAAAGGUCUGGAUGGAGUUUUGGGACCACACCCACAUCUGUCUGAGGAUUACAAAUUCCAAGUACUUCUGGAUCAUCUAAAGUUUCCUCCUGCGUUUCAGCUUGCAAAGAGGUAUGUGCAUGACACUAUGCCCUUCACUAAAGCAAUGCAGGCUCUACAGCAGCGCUAUGGACAACCACGCCAAUUAGUCCAAGGUGAAAUUAACAACAUUUUGAGAGCUCCUACAGUGAAAGCUGGAGAUGCACAAGGGUUUGAAGACUUUGCUCUAUCAGUUAGUAGUUUGGUGGGACUACUAAACUCCAUGGAAGGAGCUGCUAAGAGCGAACUAGAGUGUGGCUCCCAUGUGGACAGGCUUUUGAGUAAACUCCCCUUCUCCUAUCAAGACAGUUUUGCUGAAUAUUGUCUUGCAAAGGGCAUCUUGCGGAGUGACUCAGCUAACACCUAUACUCUCCCUGACUUUGCACAGUGGUUGGAGAGGAAGUCACAGGCCAUACAGAUAUCACGAAGGGCUACAGAAAGCUACAUAUCUGAUAAACCCCGCUCAGAUCGUAGAGACAAGUCAUCACGACCAUUAAAGACAUCCUCAUCAGUCUACUAUGGCACUGACAAGCCUACAACACCGACGGCUAAUACCACUUCAGCCACUACUGACAGUAAAGAACCUAUGAAAGGGAAGAAAAGAGAGAAAUUUAAGCCCUACUGCCCCUUCUGUAGCAGUACAGAACAUUACUUGAGUUCCUGUUCUGACUUCAGUAAGCUGAGUACUACACAGAUUAUUACAUGGAUUAAUGACAAUAAGAGAUGCUGGAGAUGUGGUCGGAGUCACCAGCCUGACAGUUGCAAUCUGAAGAAACCUUGCGCCACCUGUGGAGAACAACACCUGCAGAUCCUUCAUGAAGCUGCCUCUCGCUCAAACAAGAGUAUCCUGACAUUGAGUACAGCCUCCAGCAUGGUGUAUUUGGACCAAGUCACUCAUUCAGGCAGAGUCAUGCUUAAAGUGGUCCCAGUUACCCUCCACAAUAAUGGGCGAUCUCUGUCCACCUAUGCCAUUCUUGACGAUGGAUCAGAGCGGACUAUUGUUUUAUCUGCAGCGGUUCAUUACCUGCAAUUAGAUAUCACAGAGGAAUCCCUCAAACUACGAACCAUCAGGCAGGAGGUGUCACAGUUACAAGGCGCAUCCGUUUCUUUUGAACUAAGUGCACCCAGCUCUCCCCAAAUCAAACAUCACAUCAGACGUGUUUUCACUGCUAAGGAACUUAAUCUGGCAAAACAAUCCUGUCCAGUGGACAUACUCCGUCAGAGAUAUCCACAUCUGGCCGACGUUCCCAUCAAAGCAUUUAAGGAUGUGCAGCCUAUGCUUCUUAUAGGCUCAGAUAAUGUCCAGCUCAUCACCCCUCUGUCACCUGUCAAAGUUGGUCCACUAGGCAGCCCUGUUGCUGUCAACACUAACCUCGGUUGGGCCAUCCAGGGACCGGCUACCUUUCUACAUCUACCUACUGAAGCUUCAUGUCUGCACAUAUCCCUGUUACCAACUCCUUCUCAAGCGCUAAGACAGAACGUUGAGAAGCUGUGGCAGUUAGAUGUGCUCCCCUUUCGAUCAGAGAAAGAGGUAACUCGCUCUAAACAAGACAAAGAGGCACUGGAGUUACUGCAGAAAACCACAGAACGUGUACAGGUGGAUGGAGUAGCUCGUUAUGCUACUCCUCUGCUCCGCCGCAGAGACUCCACUAAACUACGAACUGACCAUGACGCAGUGAUGGCUCUCCUUCGGUCCACAGAGAAGCGCCUGAUUAAAGAUCCUGAUCUAGCGGCUGUGUACAAUGCAGAAAUACACAAACUGGAACAAGCAGGUUAUGUAAGAAAACUCACUCCUGAAGAGGCAAACCUCACAGAUGAAUCCUGGUUCAUUCCCCAUCAUAUUGUGCAUCAUAACAAUAAGCCUAGGAUAGUUUUCAACUGUUCCUUCCAAUACAGGCAAGACUGCCUUAACGAUCAGCUGCUACCAGGUCCAACUCUCGGUCCAUCCUUAAUAGGUGUCCUGUUGAGAUUUAGGGAGCACCCUGUUGCUGUGAGUGGGGACAUACGAGGUAUGUUCCAUCAGGUGCGGCUUCUUCCGCAUGACCGGCCCCUGCUGAGAUUCGUGUGGAGAGAUAUGGAAAGAGAUCGGAGCCCGGACAUUUAUGAGUGGUGUGUCCUGCCCUUUGGAACCACAUGCAGCCCCUGUUGUGCCACGUAUGCCCUUCAGCGCCAUGUGCAGGAUCAUAAAGAUGGCAAUGAACAAGUACUAGACUCAGUGCUGCGCUCAUUUUAUGUCGAUAACUGUUUGCAAUCUCUGCCCUUUGCUUUGCAGGCACGACCACUUGUCGAUAACAUCAGAGAGUUGCUAUCUACUGGUGGUUUCGAAAUCCGACAGUGGGCAAGUAACUACCCAGAGGCCAUUGCUCAUCUCCCCUCUGAAGCAAAGUCCCCUACCUGCGAGCUGUGGUUGACUGAACACCAACCAGAUCCCCAAGAACCAACCUUAGGCUUGGCAUGGCACUGCUCCACAGACCAGAUUGCCUACAGAUGUCGGCCAGUGGUUCCUCAGGAGUCAACCAUGAGAAACAUCUACAGCAUCCUCGCCUCUCAAUACGACCCACUGGGUUUCAUCAUCCCCUUCACGACCCGGGCAAAGGUUAUUGUUCAACGUCUGUGGCAGAAUGACAGGAACUGGGAUGAUCCCAUCGAGGGCGAGUUACUCCAGCGGUGGCAAGAGUGGGUGAGUGAGCUACAGUAUCUACAAGAAAUCUGUCUGCCUAGAUGCUACACAGCCCCAGCAACCCAAGAGGGAACUUUCCAGCUGCAUGUAUUCUGUGAUGCGUCAGAGAGUGCUUACGGAGCAGUGGCAUAUUUGAGAUUUAAAUCGGCAGAACAUGAGGUCCACACUGCCUUUAUCAUGGCCAGAUCACGUGUAGCUCCCCGCAAGAAACUGUCAAUUCCCCGUUUAGAGCUGUGUGCCGUACUGGCUGGGGCACAACUGUCUAGACUCCUCCUCAGUGAGCUUACUCUGCCCAUUAGUGAGACUACUUUAUGGACCGAUUCUACCACUGUGUUGAACUGGAUCCAGUCCGAGUCCUGCCACUAUAAAGUGUUUGUAGGUACUCGUAUUGCCAAAAUACAGGAGCUGACUGAGGCCGCCAGCUGGAGGUAUGUCCCCUCAGCUUUGAACCCAGCAGAUGACAUCACCCGGGGAAAACCAUUACAUUUGGCACAGUCUGAUCCUGCAUACAACACCUGGGCUGAUUUGGUGCAGGCCACCUACCUGUCUUCUCACGGGGCGGCUAUCAGCGGCACAACGACUAUGUCAGCGGCACAACGACUAGAGACAGAAGUUCAAAUUCUCAAACAGGCACAACAAGAUAGCUUCCCUGUUGAAGUACACACACUUAAAUCUGGGAAAGAGGUGUACAAAGACAGCAGACUGAGCAACCUUUCUCCCGAAUAUGACAGUCAGCUUGGCCUCAUACGAGUAGGUGGACGUCUCCGGCGAGCAGAGCAGAUGGAUGUUGACACUCUGCAUCCUAUCGUGUUGUCACCAGACCAUCCUACUACUCAGCUCAUCAUCAAAGACUAUGAUACACGUCUCCUGCAUCCUGGCCCAGAACGUGUCUCUGCCGAAUUGAGACGCAGAGGAGGAGACAGAGAGCUGCAGGAGGCAUUCAAAGUGAUGGAGCCACGACUGCAGGAGAAGCUCAGUGAACAGAGCAUCACUUUCCACUUCAACCCUCCGCAUGCUCCACAUUUUGGGGGAGCCUGGGAACGGGAGAUCCGUUCAGUCAAAUCUGCACUUCAAGUUGCUCUCAAAGGUCAAGCGGUGCCAGAGGAUUUGUUGCUUACUGUUCUUAUUGAAGUAGAGGGCAUACUUAAUUCCAAGCCACUGGGAUACGUUUCCUCGGAUAUUGCAGAUGUUGACCCGAUCACGCCAAAUAUGUUGCUCAUGGGGCGGCGCGAUGCUUCCCUUCCUCAGGCAGUUUAUGGCACCAGAGAAGAACUUGGAAGGCGAAAAUGGCGUCACAGCCAAGUCAUAGCGGACCAGUUCUGGACUCAGUUCAUUCAGCGCUACCUGCCUGGACUGCAGCCUCGCCAGAAGUGGAACCAGACUACUCCACCUUUGAAAGUGGGACAGACUGUCAUGGUGGUGGACUAUCAGCUCCCACGGGCUUCCUGGCCCGUAGGACAGGUAACACAGGUAUUUCCCAGCCCGGAUGGACAGGUGCGAGUAGCUGAAGUCGCCAUUGGGGAACAUAAAUACCAACGGCCUGUGUCAAAACUUAUCACGUUACCUGAACUGUCAGCUGAACGUCCUUAG